GUGUCACAGAAUUUCACCAAAACUGUAGAGAUUUAAACGAAGUUUUCGUGUACAGUAAAAGUGGUUCUUGAAACUCUAACUAGAGUAUUUUUAAUGUCUGUAUUCCACAGCGUAGCACAUUUCUCGACUGUUCGAUCCUAUGUACCACGUUACCCAUGCUCGGUAGAGAGCCGUAAGGUUUCAAGAUGGUGAACACCAAGGGAUACCGCCGCGGAACGCGGUAUAUGUUCGCUAAAGACUUCAGGAAACGCGGAGUUGAACACCUCUCCACUUACCUGCGAGUGUACAAACGCGGCGAUUUUGUUGAUAUUAAGGGCAAUGGAGCCUUCCAAGGUGGAAUGCCGCACAAGUCUUACCACGGCCGAACUGGUCGCGUAUUCAACGUUUCCCAUCGGGCGCUUGGCGUUAUCGUCAAUAAGAGAGUUCGGGCACGUAUCAUACCCAAGAGAAUUUACGUGCGAAUUGAACACGUUAAACCGUCGAACUGUCGCAAAGAUUUUCUUGAACGUGUAAAGAAGAACGACAUCCUUCGGCAGGAGUCCAAAAAGGCUGGCAAGAAGGUCAUUAUCAAGCGAGAAGUUGGGCAGCCUCGGAAGCAGCACGUUGUGCGGGCGAAGCACGAGAUUCAGCUUGUUACUCCUAUCCCGUACGAGUUCAUGGCUUAAAUAAACCAUACGACUUAAUUGGAGCCAUGAGAGUUCCUCGUA